CGAUUACAUCAGCCUACACCGCCUAGUAGUCAUCUGAUGUUGUUGUUUAUUCCCUGAACCAAAAAAAGAAGGGAUCUUUUGUUGGGGCUCCUUAAUGUUUUAUAUGGGUUACCUAUCUGCCCUGAUCUCUGCAGAUUAGCCAUCCCUAACCCUUCCCCCCCUUCGAACACCAGAUUAUUUAAGAUAAUCCUCCUGUGAAGGCCCUCCCACCCACAUACACACUUAGCCAGACAGAACCUCCCUGGCUCUGUUCUUUGACACAAAGACCACCACCUCCACCACCACCACCACCACCACCCUCGCCGUCGCCACCACCACCAGACUCGCGUUACGGAAAACAAGCACUUAAACCGAAACCACGUCGCCGUUUGUCUUAACAAAAUCACACCUUCAAUUACAUUUCUAUUUCUACAUCGAAUUUCACAACCCAUAACCACAAGGUAUUUUGACCGCUACCGAGAUGUCUGCAACAGGGUUUUAUAUCCGAGAAUGGUACGCCUCGUAUUACUGCAACAAGACAUCCCAAUGGCUCUACGGCAAACUUGUUGCUGACCCAACCCAGAUUGUCUUUAAAGAAAAUGACACAAAGAAGAAGAAGCUUAUACACCCCUGACGUUAGUUAUUCCUUUUGGCAAAGUGGAAACCAUAAAGAAAAUGAGAUCGACCGUUAUCUUCAGUUCUUUGGUGAUUACAUUAAACAACAGCCAAGACAUACAUUGGUUUUCGUCGUUUACAGACCGCAGUGCCGUUUGUUUAACCUUGAACCAUUUCUUAAGAUUUGGGCUGUUUAGCAAAGACGCCAAGGACCAGCCAGCGCUCAAAGAGAGCACAGAACUCGGCACGGAACUCUUGAAAGUUACUCACGAUUCUGAAAGGACUUUGGCACAGGCGGCCGAGAAACUGGAAUCGCAAGGCGAACAAAUUGAUAAUUGCAUCGCAGUCAUGUACGACAUCGAAGAAGACCUUGAUGUGUCAGAGAAUUUAAUUAAAGGGUUACAGUCUUGGUUCGGUCAGCUGACCACAACGCAGAAAACCAACGACGUGGUCGACCCAGUGGUCAUCACCAACAAAGACAUUCCAGAUGUCCAUGAAUAUGAAGUGCUUUAUUACAAGAUGGACGAAGACAGGUGCCCCUUACACUCUCUGUGUGAUGGAAUUCUUAGAAUCAGUCGCGAGGCUUUCACCCUCACCACACCACUGCAAGCUGUUGUUGAAAAUUAUUCUUGGUCAGAAAUUUCCCGAGUUUAUGCUGUCACUCCCUGGGAACUUCAUAUUAGCCAUUUCUGUCUUGGAAAACCUGAUGUGAAUUACACCAUUAUUUCUGCUCACAUUCAUAAAUUUGUCAAAAGACUGGCUACCCGCCUUAAGGACAGAUUUGAGUUCAUGGAGUCAAGCCAAACAGAGAGUUUAUGCUCUGAUCUUCCAAUUAAAAGUUCCAUUUCAACGCAGAACACCUCCAUCCAGGAACGGUCGCCUACAGAGUACAAGGACCCGAUGCAGGAACAGAAGAACGCUUCCCGGCAGCUGGUGUCCGACUCGGAGGCGGAAGAAGUGAGCAGCAUCCUGACCAAAAUCAAGUCGAUGGCGCUGAACAUCAACCACGAGGAGACUAAACAGAAUGAGAAACUCGACGAACUCACAGACAGCGUGAAGACGGCAACGACCAGGGUGAAGGAUCAAACCAAGCAGAUUAAGAAGAUGAUUUAAGAUUUCGGGCAAUCCCCUCCUAUUCGCUCUCUCCUCUCAUAUGCACAUAUAUACAUACAUAUAUAAAUAUAUAUGUAUAUAUAUAUAUAUAUAUCCACAUCUAUAUCUAUAUAUACUAGUAUGACUGGGUGAACAUUCAACAAUUCAACAUAUAAAGAGAACUCAAUACCGAUCAUAGUAUUAGAUAUGGUCUUUAUACAGCACAUAAGACAUACAAUAUGAUACUCAAGUUUCAUGACUAGGCCAGGGUUUCAAUUCUGGUGGACGAUAAUGCUACAUGUCAUACAUCCAUGGGGUAAAAAAUCAAAAAGAAAAUGCAUACUCCUACUGCAUGUAAAUCAUAUUGGUUU